CCGGGCCGGGCCGGGCUGGGCGGGGUGGGCGCGUCGCCCCCGCCUCUCCUCCCGCUGCCGCCGCUCCGCGGGGCCGGCCGGGGCGUUUCGUAACCGGCCCCGCCGCCGGCAGGACGGGGCUGGCGGCCGCCUCCCGCCGGAGACACCCGCAGCGGCUCGGCGGCAGGAGUGAGGAGAACAAUGGACCAUUGAAGAGAGCAGGUGCUGAAAGAUCGGGACCAGAGGUUUCCCUGCACUCUUCCCAGCCUUCCUGAAGAGAAGUGGUGGAAGGCGGCUGUGGGGCGCUGUGGCCAGACCUCCCUGACAGGCCGGCAGUGCCUCCCUGCGCUGUGCCGGCCACCAUGGAGACGCUGUCCCAGGACUCCCUGCUGGAGUGCCAGAUUUGCUUCAACUACUACAGCCCACGCCGGCGGCCCAAGCUGCUGGACUGCAAGCACACAUGCUGCUCGGUGUGCCUGCAGCAGAUGAGGACCAGCCAGAAGGACCUGCGGUGUCCCUGGUGCCGCGGCAUCACCAAGCUGCCGCCAGGCUACUCCGUGUCGCAGCUGCCCGAUGACCCCGAGGUGAUCGCCGUCAUCGCCAUCCCCCACGCCUCUGAGCACACCCCUGUCUUCAUCAAACUCCCCAGCAAUGGGUGCUACAUGCUGCCCCUUCCUCUCUCCAAGGAGAGGGCCCUGCUGCCGGGAGACAUUGGCUGCCGCCUCCUGCCCGGCAGCCAGCAGAAGUCCCUGGCGGUGGUGACGAUCCCGGCGGAGCAGCAGCCACUGCAGGGCGGCCUCCCCGCCGAGAUGAGCACAGAGGAGCCUGACCGCCGAGGCGUGGUGAAGAGCUCCACCUGGUCGGGGGUUUGCACUGUGAUCCUGGUGGCCUGCGUCUUGGUCUUUCUCCUGGGCAUCGUCCUCCACAACAUGUCGUGCAUUUCCAAGCGCUUCACGGUGAUCUCGUGCGGCUGAGGCCUUGUGGGGGACGCCCCGGGGGUGCCCACCCAGGGGUUAGGGUGGUGGUGGUAGUGGUGGUGGUGGUGGGAUCGAGCAAGACAAUUCACCGCAACUUUGGCUGACGGCUGCAGGACGCUUUGCUCCGAGAUGGCGGUGCGCCGGCCUGGCCCCAGCCCUUGGCGGCCUGCGGAGAAAACCAUGUCCCCUGUCUGAUGGUAACAGCACUGAGGAGGACUGCAUGCAUCACCAUAAUCAUUUAUCAAAGGGACUGUAACUUACGGUGAUUUUUAUCGUGUUAUGAGAUUAAAGACAUCUACGUAGCUGGUUAUACUGUAAAGUAUGCGGUAAGAGCUCUUCUCUAACCACAGUAGAUCAAAAUCAAAACUGCUCCAUGUAGAAUUAAAGGAGAACUGGCGUGUGACUCUGUGAAAGGUGUUCGAUACCAACCCACAUGUGUUAUUUUUUAAUUGAGGGAGGGACGGGGGAGACUUGUAAAACUGAGAAAUCAUUUAGCUGGCAAGGCAUUUUAUAUGUUUUAAACUGCACAUUAAUUAAACUAGGUUAGGAAGUUGUAUAAUAGUUUUUAAAAGGAAACAUUUUACAUGCAGUUGUUUGGUUCUGUGGUAUGUGUUUUUUGCCUUUCUGUUUUCUCUUUGCCUUUCCCCGUUGUUUUUGGCUGUAGAGAAGUGGCGCUUCAACAAUCUUCUAUGUGAAGGAGCUUCUGAGCAGGGCAGCAAAGUGAGCUAGGAGGAAUACCUGACAAUGUAGGCAAAACAUUUCUGCCUAACCGGCUUCACGCGAAGGAUGGCUUUGAACGGUGAACGCUGGACUUGCUGUUUUACCUCUGAUCUGGCCACAGGGCUUCCUGCAGACCUGGCCUUCAUAGCUAUUAGUGAAGAAAUGGGUCAUGAGAAGUCCUUUCUGCAAGGGCGUGGUAGCAAAUUGUCCUUCUUUUUCUUUUCCCAGAGGUUGGGUUCUCUUAAUUUUUUAGAAGAAUUUAGACCUAUUUUGCCUCCCUCUCUCCUAGGAGAUACAGCUUGUGCACCUGUGGGUGCUGUUAAGGAGGGGUUGCUCUAAGGAAGCCUCAGCAUCCCAACAGACUGAGGACCUUCUGUGCAAUUAUUUAGUAAGAGUCAGUGACAGAGCUGGAAAAAGAAUACAGGAUAACCCAACCCUCUUCUGGGCUGCACUGCACCUCCUAAAUCACUGUGGCUGUUCUGGUGUCAAAAUGUCUGGGUGAGCAUGACGGACCUUUCCCCACAUUUCAUAUAAACGUUGGUGUUCAUUAGGACAGACUUGGGAGGAAACAAACAAACAAAAAAGCACAGGAAAUACCCCCUCCACCUAUGAAUGUCCUAAAAGCCCAGUCAUUUGCAGUUCUCUGCUCAGAAAGAGACAAAUGCCUGAACCUGCAUUUCAGCAGCGCCUUGCUCCAUAAAGCGGUCCCACUAGCUUUAGUAAUACUGUGUGUAAGUUACGUAGAACUCUGUGAAUUUGGGUAUUUGGCAAGUUUGAAAGCUGAAAUUUGUUUGAGAUUUAAGGAUCAGAUCAAGGAAAAGCUAUUGAUUUGCACUGGUUCUUUUUGCAAGUACAAAGCGUGAGCAAUUGCCUAAGCAUAACUUCCCUGUAGAGUAAACUCUUGUCCUCCACCUAGUGCUCUUUCUAGUAAUUAAUGAGAAAUUGCUCAAUGCUGUAUUAUAACACUGGAAAACAUAAUAUUGACUAUACAGUGCCCAAGUUGACCUUGUAGGUGGUGUUGGCUUUCUGAUAUCACAAAAUCCAGUGUCUGGUUCACAAUAAACAGCUAGAACAUCUGUCAGGAGCAUACCUCUGACUUAGUGCUGGAUUUCUUCCCCUCCUGGUUCACAGCCCACCCUUUGCUUCCUCGAUUUCUGGUAACUGCAGAAUAGCAUAAACAGAAGGUGCUUAAUUGCUAUGGUGUAUGUAGGGUCGUGUACGGAGAGGAACCAUUGUGCUGAUUUUUAUCUACUGUCAUAUGUAUUCAUAGCACAGAAAAAAACAACAUAAUCCUCAGAUAGCACAUUCAAUGCCUUUUUCAUGUAGGUCCAAGUGCGGUACGCCUUGAACCUGACGUAGAGUAUUGUAAUACAUUGGCACCUCUCAGCAGCACAUCUUACUUGGUUGCAGUAGGGAACAACGGGAAUUCCAAAAUGUGUCUUGUAAACGUGUUAGUCCUGUCACCAGUAGGUAGCCAGAUUUCUACUGACAUCCACGCUACGCUGCUUGGUACGCAAAGGAAAGCCAGUUCACCAAAAAAUCUUGCCUUUAUAGACUCUUAAGGAAGUGACCAGACACAGGACUUGACCCUCUACUGCCUUAUUCCCUGUAGCAACUGAUGCUUAUACCAGGAGUAUAUAGCAUAGCUGGAAGAUGCUCCGAGAACAGCGCGGAAGCAUUUUGCACCAACUUCUGCAUUUGUUUGUCUGAGAUGUCGAUGGCUGCACAAAAACACGAGGCAGUCCACGAGCAGGCCUGGGAGGUGACCGUGUUAAGGCUGGCCUCGUGCUGGCCGUACCUGCCCAACUGGAGCUCUUGAGGCCGAGGUUUCUCUGGCGUUGCAGAGAACGAUUGCCUUGAAAACUGCCCCUCUUCAUCCCUACGUGGGGAGCGCGGUACCAAGGAACAAUCAGAAAUUAGGUUAAAAUACCACGCUGCAUAACACAUUAUGCAACAGGCAGACGGGGGGUUUAUCCGGUAUUAAUGGCGUAAGCAUUAUAUUAGCAGAAUACCAUCCUGUCUUACGUGAUGCAGUACGUUGUUUUGUUAAUACGAAUUUCCUGUACUUUUUGUGCCUGCUGAAAUGCAUGUUUGACCUAAUUUCUGAUCCAGACAUUUGCCUGCUCACAGCCUUGUGUAAGAGCAAUAAGUAAAACCUCAAGAUUUUUGUCUGCGUGCGUGCGCGUGUGCGGUGUGUACGUUAAUUCCUUUUUUAAAGAAAUUCUGGAGAUGUUUUUUGCUCUGGCUUUAGACUGUGACUGUCAUUAUAAAUUUGCAACUGCCAUAUCAUGUUGGAUCGCCUGGCAUAUUUGCUGACUUGUAUACAAGUGAACUGAAUAGUUUGUUGUAAUGUACAGUGUUAAAAUGUUUCUCAAGUAUGUUGUUAGUCACACUACUUCAAAAAUGCAGUGCAGUCUAUCCCAUUCCAUGGUCCAGUACCUGGCACUGAGAAGUGAUACUUCUAUAUACACAUCUAAUUAUUUUUUUUAACACACAUUUCUUUGUAGGUUUUCUCUGUGGAGACAUUUGGACCUGUCUAAAGCUCAGCUUCUGGGCUAAUUUUUGUUCCCUGGUGUCCAGUAAGAAGUCAGUCACUGCUCAGUUCUACCAAAAAAAAACAAAAAACAUUAAAGACGUCUGUGACUCCAGUGCUGUUUGAGCAGCCAAGACUUAAAAAGUGGUUGUGGGAAGUACAAAUGCACCUGCAUUUUUAGAACAAAUUGCUCUGUGUGAAUGAUGUGUAUUUAUUUUCUCGUUUAAUGCAAAGGAUGUGUGAACCGGGGUCCAGCUUCUUCGUUACCCUGGAAGGUCCCAACUUCCAUUUUGGGCUUGUGCUUUCCUGGCAAACAGACUUCAGGGGGAAAUUUGGUUUAGUGAAUUUUAAAAAUUCUGAUACGCAAUUUUGUUAUGCGGGAUUUUUUGGUUUUUGGAGAUUGUGUUCAGUGAUUCUUCGUGCUUAACCAAGAUGUAAAGGAGCCUGGAUGUUCUGUAAACAUGGAGCAACCAUGAGUCCAAACUUUCAUCUUUAUUAAUGAAGCUCAGUCUGAAUAAAACAUUAGCAGGAAAAGAAUGAU